CACCUCAACACGUAACCGACGCAUGACUUGCGGAUACAUAUGGGACGGACAGAGAACUUGACAGGUUAGAAGAGGGGAGGAAGGUUGAGAGGACAUACAGCUAGGAUACCGAAACGGUGAAAACAUGGCGGCUUAUGAAUCUUCUUCGUCGGAUAGUGAGUUUCAUGGAGAAAAUGCGGAAGACCUGUCAUACGCGGAGUUGGACACUUUACCGGAGUGCCUUCUUUCACGUGCACACGAGCUCCGUGCUUUACAGCUUGACCACAACAACAUCAGCGUUCUUCCCCCAACUGUGUCCAUAUUUAACCGGUUGAUCGUGCUGGACAUUAGCAACAACAACGUCUCACAUAUAAGUGAUGAGAUCGUGAAACUGAAACAGUUGAGAACGUUCACCGCCAGAAAUAACAGACUUGACGAACAAUCUCUACCCAAGGAUUUUGGACUAUUGAAGAGCCUAGAGGUUGUCAACUUCAGUGGGAACCUUUUUGAAACUCUCCCUCCACAAUUGGCAGAAUUGCGAAGGUUAAAGUGUUUAUAUUUAGGAGGCAAUAGGAUCCAAGAACUACCACACACGAUACGGAAUCUCACAAGGUUGCAAGUGCUCUAUCUGGGGGGCAACCAGCUGGCAGACAUCCCGGCCGAGAUUGGCUACAUGCAUAGCCUCACUGCACUGGUUCUCUGUGACAACCAGCUGCAGAGUUUGCCUCCAACGAUGAUCCAUCUACGGCGUCUGCAGUCCCUGACGCUGCACAACAACCAGCUGUCGACGCUGCCCACGGAGAUCGUCUCUCUCAACCUGGUGGAGCUGAGUCUGAGGAACAAUCCCCUCGUGAAGCGCUUCGUCCAGGACCUGGUGUACAACCCACCCACCUUGUUAGAACUGUCUGGACGCUGUGUCAAAAUUGAGAAAGUGAACUACACUCGUCUUGAUCUUCCAGAGAACCUCAUUCGCUACCUGGACUCCGCACAGCGCUGUGUCAACCCCAAGUGCAAAGGUGUGUACUUCACCUCACGAGUGGAGCACAUCAAGUUUGUGGACUUCUGUGGCAAGUACCGCCUCCCCCUACUCCAGUACCUAUGUUCACCAUCCUGCACCACCCUCAAGCCCACUGUGUGCGGCACCAGCAGCGACAGCGACUCCGACGUCGACGACGCCAGGCACAGGAUGAGGAGAGUCCUGCUAGGAUAGUCACAUUCUCUGGGACUGGCUUCAAAAGUUGUGAAACUGUUUCUGAAGUUGACUUUAAGUCAUUCUGCUUGCUGCUAGUUACAUUUGCUGCUUGUGACUAGAAACCUUGACCUUGGUCUAACUUGGUGCUGUGACCUUGACUUUAAGUUGACCUCAGUCAAUCGUUGUGCUGUGAAUUGGACUGUCAGAUGGCCUCAGACAAUCGUGCUGUGAAUUGGACUGUCAGAUGACCUUAGUCAAUCAUUCUGCUGUGAAUUGGACUGUUAGAUGACCUCAGUCAAUCGUUGUGCUGUGACCUUGACUGUAAGUUGACCCCAGUCAAGCGGUGAGGUCAACUGACUCUGACCUCAUUAAUCUGCUGCUUAAUACCCUCUUGGUUAUGCUGCAUUCAAUGGUGGUGACUUCCAUGCGUAUCUGGCCAGUAGAUGUGCGCCACAGAGCAACCUCUUCUGUUACACUUGCUUACAUACGACUGAGUCCUCAAGGUGACACAAGGCCCUGCAGCAAGAUGUCGGCCAGAAGAAGGCCAGUGAUCCCGUCUUCCAUUUCAUCUUCUAUGACAAGCCGCGCCCUAAUGCAGCAAGCAACAGGAAGCCAUGGGUAUAUUCAGACUCCUUGACUACAGCCUUGUGGUUCAUCAGUGAGCCUAAUUGAGUCACCUGUGUUUGUAGGAGUGUUCCACAGGUGGACCUACAGUGGAUUAAAUUAUUUCCAGGUCUGAAAAGACCCAAAUGAAGUUCCCUGGCUGAGCAGUAUGUGUGCCGUCAUAUAUAUGUAUAAUCUGACUACUUACUUUUGAAGGCACUGAGUAAUUUGAUAAAACUUUGAUCAAGAUUUAAAUUUAUAUUCUGGUUUGAUGUGCAUCGCCUGAACAUACUGAAGGUACAAAUGAUGCUUUGACCUUGACCUAUGAUUGACAAUAUAACCCACAAUAUGCAAAGUGCUAAUAUUGUUGAGUUUGUGUAUCUUGUCUUGGUGUGUGUGCGUGCUGUUUCAUUGAUAUUCUACUCAAAAGAAGUUCGAGAACUCGAGUAAUAUGAAAGAAUCGGGUGUUCUGUAACUUCUUUUGAGAAGUACGUGUAUAUUUAUGUUAGCAUGUUUUCUUGGUCUGAAGUGAUGCACAAAGGUUCCGAUAUCUUGAUUUCAUAUCAUGAUGCUUUAAUUUGGAAUUAAUAUGCAUGCAUAUUUCUAAACUAAACCAAAGCUAAUGUUUAUUCAAGUUUAUGAAAUAAUGUUAUAAGUGAAAGAUUUAGGGGUCGUGAGAGAUGACUUCACUCACCCCAGGACACCUCUGUAUUUAGGACACUGAGGGAGUCAGGUAUGUAAUCGUUGAGUUUGAUAUCCUCGUGCAUCACUGAGGGAGUCAGGUAUGUAAUCGUUGAGUUCGGUAUCCUUGUGCAUCACUGAAAGGUUUAAUGUUUUGUACUAAUACAUAGUUGGGGCAUUGACCUAUUUACUCAGGACAACACAACACAGUAUUUGUACAGUGAGCGAGAGAUCUGUGAUUUAGUAUUAUACAAGGCAUUAUGUUACAAUUACCGUAUUUCACGUAAUAAGCGCCCAGGGUGCUCUCAAAUUAGAAAUAGGGGGCUCUUAUUAGAAUAUUAUUUUGAUGAAAAAAAAACGAGUUGAAAGAUAAAUUUCGUGGUUUAUGCUGACAGCCUGAA